UAUAACAUUAGAGGCCUCUAUGACAACAGAAGAAAUAUUUUCUAACAAAAUUCUUGUUAUUUCCAUCAGCUACCCUAUUUAGAAUGUAGUUUUAGUCUUGAGGACUGUGUUUUUCAAAGGGACAUUUUUAAAUUUUUUAAUUCUGAUAGAAAACAAUUUGCGACUGAUGGCGGAAUGAGCUGACCUGCCUACACAUUUAGAAUGGGAUGUGGUGGCUACAGUAAGAUAACCAAACCAGAUGCAAAUGGAGCCGUCAACCGUAAAAUCACCAAAGACCAAGUCCAUGUUGACCUGGGAAACAAGGUCAAGGUUAAUGAGAAUGGUUCAACCAUCAUUUUUGUUUACGGAGGGCCCGGUUCCAAGAAAGGCAGACUGGUUUCAGAACUGGCGGAAGUGUUUGACUUCACGUUCAUCAAUGUGGAGAAGCUGAUGUUGCAGAAGCUCACAGAACACAGACAGGAAGUAGAUCAGAAAGAUCAAGGGGACAGGAAGGAGUCGGUACAAGAGUUGAAGAAAAUGCUAGAGGAUGACCCCUCUACUAUAUCAUUAUCUUGGAUUCUCCGGGAAGUGACAGCAGUGGUGGAUACUAACCCAAAAGGUCGUUAUCUGGUGGAUAUGAUGCCUAACUUAAAGUACAUCAUUCGGACUGCUAAUUUCUCACAAGACUGCUCCAGUAACAUGGCUGUGUUUGAAAAAAAAUAUCCAGUAUCCUUUAGUUUGUACUUCUCUAUGAUCUCAAACGGUAAAACUAAAGGAGCGAAAAAAGUAGAAGAAGUAGUUAAAGAGGAGAAAGAAGAAGAGAAGCCAGGUUUUCAAACAGACGAGGUGGACUUGUCCAGGACUAAGAGAAGAGCUCUUAUGUUUGAAAACAGUGUCAAAUCGUUUUUAGACUAUUUUGAGAAGUCUGAUCGGCUAAUGUUGGUUGAUGCUUCCUGCAAAAACGCUGAUGUAAUUUCCAGCAAGGUUUGUGAAGUUUUCAGCCAGCUAGGUCUCCGCAAUUUAAAAUUAGUCAACACAGUUCUAAUAUUUAUAUUUGAUAGCAAAGUUGUUGACUUUGAGUUGCUUCAAGAGCAUGAUGUAGAGUAUAUUCGCCUUGAAGAGCCAGGAACUAAAUUGUCUGUUGCCACUUUAGAUGAAGCCAUCAAAAGUUUUGUGAAUACUUUAAAUCACAAAGAGCAUAAAACUUUUGUCAUUGAUCUGAGUGCUACAGAGAUUACCAAAAAUACUCCUGUACAGGUUGAAAAGACCUCAAUCGUAUUUGUGAAUGAAGCAUCACUGGACCAUUACUUUGAUUUGCCUGGUUGUACGGGAAUGUUCAAAACUGUUUCAUCUUUAGAAAAUGCCGUCUGCAUCUUCCCAGCAGACACAGAACAGAGCCUAUGUAAAAAAAUUGCAAUUGCUUUCAACAAUGAAUUCAGUGUCUCUAGGGACAUAGGUGAAAGUCAUGAGCAUUCUUAGUUCAACUAAAACAAAACUUCUAAAGCAAAGAGUUCAGCAUAUAAUAGAUCUUUUUAUUGUCCAUCAUAAUCCUAAGGGACAUAAUUAUAUAUUUUAUAAAUUUACAGAUUUUAUCAUCAUCUCCACAUUAUUAAAACAGUUUGGAUUAAAAAAUAACUUUUUUUACCAAAACUAAUUGAUCAACAUUAACACACGCAAUACGAUUUCAUCAAUUUUUUUUUUUUUAAUUUAAGUGAGAAAACGUAUAGAUAUCUUCUUUUUCCUUUUUCUCCACAAUUUUUUUUUAUCACUUAUCACUCCCUAAAGAAUGUAUAUAUCAAUACAAUUCACAUUUUUUUUAAAAUUCAACUUGUUAAAAAAUUGUAUAUAGUUCACCUUUUUUUUGUUAUUUAUUUUUUAAGCCUUUCACUAGAGUAUCAUCCUAUAAAUGUUUCUUUUUUUAAGAAAAAAACAUCAAAAAUUCUCUGAAAAGUUCCAAAGUUCUAAUUGGAAAUACAGUGGGUUCUCUAUGUAGUUAAGAAUCAUGCAUAACCAAUGCUUUGUGUAGUGAAGAUUCUGUGUUAUGAACUUAUGGAAUCAAAACAACAUAACACUCGGAAUGAAUGGUCUAGCUUCCUGAUAGGGAGAAGGAGAAAAAUGAAUGCAUUUUUAAAUUAUAUUGACCUUUGGAAACAAUGGAAGAAAAUUCUGAAAAUGUAAAACUAAUUUGAAUAUUUGAAGAUAAGUUGUUUACAGUUUGUCCACAGUAUAUGCUUAAGGAAAGAAAAAUUCUUGAAAGCAUUAUGCUUUUAUCUUUGUCUUAAGGAAAAGCAGUCUAGUCAGAAUUUCUAUACUAAUUUAAUAACUUAUACAAUCUAGUCAGAAGUUGUCAACAGAUUUAUAGCUUGAAAUCUAGUCAGUGGCUCUCAACGGCGUCAUAGCUUCAACCGUGUAGUCAGUGGUUCUCAACAGCUAUAUAGCAUCCAAAAUCUAGGCAGUGGUUCUCGACAGAUUCAUAGCUUGAUAAAUCUAGUCAGUGGCUCUCAACGGCGUCAUAGCUUCAACCGUGUAGUCAGCGGUUUUCAACAGCUAUAUAGCAUCCAAAAUCUAGGCAGUGGUUCUCGACAGAUUCAUAGCUUGAUAAAUCUAGUCAGUGGCUCUCAACAGUGUCAUAGCUUCAACUGUGUAGUCAGUGGUUCUCAACAGCUAUAUAGCAUCCAAAAUCUAGGCAGUGGUUCUCGACAGAUUUAUAGCCUAGUCAGGUCUGUUGUGCUCAAAAGUUGUAUAGUUUAAAUAAGUCAAUUCAUCUGAGCUUCUCUAAUAUUUGAAAUAUUGUUUUAUUUUUAAAUUUAUUCAUCUAUUUAUAUCCAAUUUUUUAAAAUUAUGUUUUUUUAAGUCACCAUGACAAAAUAGUCAAGUGCUAGGCAUCUAAAUCAUGGGUUUUCAAAUGCAAAUCUUUUUCAAUGCAAGCAUUCAAAUGCACAGCAUUAGGGGGUCAAUCCCCAUUAAAUCUAUUAAACACCUGAACAUUACUUUAAUAAAUGAGUUUGGUUAUUGCGCUGAUCAUUUGACAUUGCUAACAGUCGACUAUUGAAACUGAGGGUUGGGCGGUAAGCCCAGACAGCUAGUCCAACCAACUAGGCUUAACUUAGCUUAACUCUUUCUCUCCUAACCGACUAUACCAACGUUGAUUCCAUCAGAAUGUGGUAAAUAAUUACGGAGAGAAAGAGUUAACUUUCCAACAAAUCUUGAAUAUAGCUUGGAAAACUUCUUUUUUUUUAAAAGCAAAAUAAACUUGACUUUUAUCCAAGGAUAUUUACAACUUUCAGUUCAGUGGUAGAUACAUGUAGAAACACAUAUGGAAUAACAAACUUUUGAGUGAUUUUGGGAUAUAUAUAUUGUAACUCACUUCAGAACUACUGCUUUUGCCAUGCUGUAUAACGUAACACACACGUAAUACACAUGUGGUUCUGUCUCUCCUUUUUCAAACUUCAACUGACUUAUUCUAUGCAUUUUUUAUUGCUUACGUGUAGGGCAACUUUCAUGCUUAUAGCUUGCUCAGAGCGCCAUGCUUUAAUCUGUUAUUGUGGGGUUAGGGGGUAUCAGGGAGAAGGUUUCUGUGCUCCAUUUAGGCAUUUAGCAAACAUAACUUUCAGGAUUUGAACUUCGGCCCCCUUGAUAGAUAGCCAAGUGGUUUUUGACACUCAACCACUCAUCUGAUGUGUUCACCCAUUUGUUAUUCUCUCAUCUGGAUCAAUUGUAUUCAAAUGUUUUGUCAGAAUUUUUCAGUCAAUAUAAAUAUGCACACACACAGACACUAUAACAAAAAACCUAAAUAUUUUCUUAUAUUUGUAUUGUAAGUGUUGAAGCAGUUACUAUAUAUAUCUGUAUGAAAUUAAGAAUUUUAGGGUGUUAAAAUUGCAAUUCUGAAGUAACAUCCUAUACAAGUAAAACAGACAAAAAACAUAAAUAAUGGCUCAUUAUAAAUUCAGAUUUAAAAAAAAAAAAAAGAAAAUAUGUUAAUUUUGGAUUGCAUAGAGAUAUUUUUUGUUUAAUGCCUAAUGUAAAGGAAAAUAAGCAAUUGUAUUUCCUUCUCUGACACAAGUUGUUUUUUUUUUUAUGCACAAGUUUAUUUUUUAACUAACCAUGUGGCUUCUGACAGUUAACUUAAGAGUUUGUGAAUUCGAAAUCAUUUUGUAACAUUCUUUAGGAGCUAAAUUGUAUUAGUGAUCUAUUUAGGAUCUAACAUUUUAUUUAAAAAAAAACUCUCUUUAUGUAUAUAUUAGCUCAGGUGGUUCGAUGAUAAACUAUUUCAAUAUCCAUAGUAGAUAAAUAAUUUAAUUAUGCAAAAAAAAAAUUGGGGGAAACUCAAUCAAAUCUGUACAAUAAUUCAUGACUUUGUUACGAAUCAGUUCAAUAGUUUAAAAUAGGCAGUUCUUCACAGGGCCUUUGUAUUCAGCACUUUGCUUGACAUUGUCCAAACCACUUCUUGACAUACUUCAUUCAUCUUCAGUAUUUUCAAAUCAAUUUUUAAUCUUUAUAAAAGAAAUGUAUUCGAGAAUUCAUUUUUUUAUUUCUUACAAGUGUGAAUGUUUUCAGCUCAGAGAAUGCUGGGUAAAUUUGAAUGAUACAAUUUUCGUAGUACACCAAAAUAUUAAUACAGUUAGAGGCUCUUGUGUAAAACCUACUUAUAUUUUAACUUCCCAGAAAUAUAUAAAAAAAAAAAGAAAGCUUUAUUUUUACUUUUGGCUUCUAUUUUCUAUGGCAUUGAAUUAUCAUCUAAUUGGUUAGUGUCAGUGUGUGUGUGUGUUUAGUUGUAUGAAGUUCAACUUGAGGUCACUUGGAACCAAGGACCAUCAUUCUUGCCGAUAGUUCAAAAUUAGGGAAACUUCAUUUUGAAAUCAGGUGUAAAAAGGCAGAGUGAAAGCUAGUGAGUCAUGAGAUGUGUCGAGCGAUAAUCCACUUGUUCAAAGUGAUUAGAUGAGAUUUAUAACCUGACAUUAAUUUGCUCACAAAUGUAUAACUAAUGUUUCUAUCACAACUUUUGAAAGAAAUGAGAAGCAGUAAAAUUAUAAGAAAAAUAUAAGAAUAUAUAAUAUAUAAAUAUAAAAUUUAUAAAAUUAUAAGAAAACUGUUGUUGAUUGUUUUGGGGAAGAAGCAUGUAGAUGGUAAAUAAAAAAAGCUUUUUUUUUUGUUGUUGUGUUUGUUGAAAUAACCUUUGAACAAAACCAAGGUUUUCACGUCUUUUAGUUUUUCAUAUUAAUGAAAAAAAAUAUGCAGUUUGAAUUUUCAAUUUACCAAAGUUUAUUUAUAAAAAUUAGGCGACAGAAUUGAAACAAUUUAUGUAAAAAUGCUGUUGAUUGUUUUGGGGAAGAAGUUAAUACUAGAAGUAAUUUGAUUUUUUCACUAAAAAUAACAAAAAAAUCGUUCUGAAAAGAUUGUCCAUACAAUACAAAACAUUUCAAAUCUAUCAUUUUUUUUACUUGUUAAGCUCUGUUGUAUCUGUGGAUCAAAUUUUUUUGUUGCUUUGUUUAGUCUGAGGAAACUUUUUUAUUUUAUCGUCAGUAGUUUCAGACUACUAUGUUAUAACUCCUUUCUCCUGAGACAACGUAUCUCCAGACUAAUAUGUUAUGAUAUGUCUCCUGAGACAGGGUAUCGCCAGACUCAUAUGUUAUGAUAUGACUCGUGUCUCCUUAAACUAAUAUGUUAUGAUACACUGUAGUCACAGACUCCACUUGUAAUAAAAAGAAAAAGAAAUUGAAUCCAA